UGAGUCGGAUGACAGAUUUCCUGACCUCGCAAAGCAGUCCCAGCGGGGGGUUGUGUUGAUACCCGGUCAAUAAGCGCUUUGCGUCCUACGCCUGAAACAACAGCAGGAAUGCCGGUCAAGAAGAAAGAUACCGAACGAGCUUUAGCGCUGUUGGAAGAUUACUGCAAGAAACUAAGAAAGCCAGAGGAGAAGCAAUUGAAAAGGGCCAUCAAGAAAGUGAUCGGCAUCUUUAAAAGCAGUUUAUUCCAGGCAUUGCUAGACAUUCAAGAGUUUUAUGAAGUGACGCUGCUCGACUCCCAGAAAACGUGCCAGCAAAAAAUAGAAGAGGUGAAUCAAGUCGCUGAAAAAUGGGAGAACACACAAUCGCUCGCGACCGACGAAACGCAGCACAAACCCCAAGAGACAUCUGCUUCCAAUGGGCCAGACAAAUGGGUAACAAGCACAGACCAGGACAAGGGGAACCAGUCUUUGGAGAACCAUUCCACAGAGAGAAACUGCAAAGGUAACCACGGCAGAUGCCCGGCCCACAAAUGUUCUGUCGAAUCGCCUGGGUGGUUGCCCGUUCAACACUCUUCUAAGUAUCGCUAUCAAGAUGAGGAUGGUCCCCACGAUCACAGUUUGCCUCGUUUGACCCACGAAGCCAGAGGGCCCGAACUCGUUCACAUUUCCGAAAAGAAUUUAUCCCAGAUAGAAAAUGUCCACGGAUAUGUCCUGCAGUCGCACAUCUCCCCGCUGAAGGCCAGUCCUGCUCCAAUAAUCGUCAACACAGAUACUCUGGACACUAUCCCCUACGUCAAUGGAACAGAAAUUGAAUAUGAAUUUGAAGAAAUUACAUUGGAAAGGGGUAAUUCUGGCCUGGGUUUCAGCAUUGCUGGAGGAACAGAUAACCCACACAUCGGGGACGAUCCCGGGAUAUUUAUUACCAAGAUUAUACCAGGAGGAGCUGCAGCAGAGGAUGGUAGACUCAGGGUCAACGACUGCAUCUUGAGGGUGAACGAGGUCGACGUGUCGGAGGUUUCGCACAGCAAAGCGGUCGAAGCGCUAAAAGAAGCCGGGUGCAUUGUGCGCCUGUACGUCCGCCGGAGGAGACCGAUUCUGGAGACUGUUGUCGAGAUCAAACUGUUCAAAGGGCCCAAAGGUCUCGGAUUCAGCAUCGCGGGAGGUGUAGGGAAUCAGCACAUCCCUGGAGACAACAGCAUUUAUGUCACAAAGAUUAUCGACGGAGGGGCAGCGCAGAAGGACGGGAGGUUACAAGUCGGAGACCGGCUCCUUAUGGUAAAUAAUUACAGUUUAGAAGAAGUAACGCAUGAAGAAGCUGUAGCAAUAUUGAAGAAUACAUCGGACGUAGUGUAUUUAAAAGUUGGAAAGCCUACCACCAUUUACAUGACUGAUCCCUAUGGCCCACCAGAUAUUACCCAUCCUUAUUCUCCACCAAUGGAAAACCAUAUACUGUCUUCAGGCAACAACGGCACUUUAGAAUACAAGGCAUCUUUGGCCCCUAUCUCUCCAGGAAGAUAUUCACCUAUCCCAAAGCACAUGCUAGUGGAGGAUGACUAUACCAGGCCUCCUGAACCAGUUUACAGCACUGUGAACAAAUUCUGUGAUAAGCCACCUUCUCCUAGGCACUAUUCCCCUAUCGAGUGUGACAAAAGCUUCCUCCUUUCAGCUCCCUACCCCCACUACCACCACCUAGGCCUGCUCCCUGACUCUGAGAUCAUCAGUCAUUCACAGCACAGCACGAUCACCCGGCCGCCCACAGUGAGCAUACAGCGGAGCAUCUCCAUAGAAGGGGAGCCUCGAAAAGUCGUCCUGCACAAGGGCUCGACGGGACUCGGGUUCAACAUUGUGGGAGGCGAAGACGGAGAAGGCAUUUUUGUAUCCUUCAUCCUGGCCGGUGGGCCAGCUGACCUCAGCGGAGAGCUGCAGCGAGGAGAUCAGAUUCUCUCGGUGAACGGAAUCGAUCUCCGUGGUGCUACCCAUGAACAGGCUGCUGCGGCGCUCAAAGGUGCGGGUCAGACGGUAACCAUCAUAGCACAAUACCAGCCGGAAGAGUACGCUCGAUUCGAGGCCAAAAUCCAUGACCUGCGUGAACAGAUGAUGAACCACAGUAUGAGUUCUGGAUCAGGCUCCCUGAGGACCAAUCAGAAGCGUUCUCUCUACGUCAGAGCCAUGUUUGACUACGACAAGGGCAAAGACAGCGGCCUCCCGAGUCAAGGUCUCAGCUUCAAGUACGGAGACAUCCUCCACGUGAUCAACGCUUCCGAUGACGAAUGGUGGCAAGCCAGAAGGGUUAUGCUGGAGGGGGACAGUGAAGAGAUGGGGGUUAUUCCCAGCAAAAGGAGGGUUGAAAGGAAAGAGCGAGCACGUUUAAAGACAGUGAAGUUUAAUGCGAAACCUGGCGUGAUCGAUGCAAAAGGGUCAUUCAAUGACAAGCGUAAAAAGAACUUCAUCUUUUCACGAAAAUUUCCAUUCUACAAGAACAAGGAGCUGAGUGAGCAGGAAACGAGUGAUCCGGAACAACAUGUUUCUUCUAUUGCCAGCGAUAGCGAAAGUAGCUACAGAGGGCAAGAGGACUGCAUUCUCUCCUACGAGCCAGUCACAAGACAGGAAAUUAAUUAUACAAGACCGGUGAUCAUCCUUGGUCCAAUGAAAGAUCGGAUCAAUGAUGACUUAAUAUCUGAAUUUCCUGACAAAUUCGGCUCCUGCGUUCCGCAUACAACUCGACCAAAGCGUGACUAUGAAGUGGAUGGGAGAGAUUACCAUUUUGUCAUGUCUAGAGAACAAAUGGAAAAAGAUAUCCAAGAGCACAAAUUCAUAGAAGCCGGGCAGUAUAACGAUAAUCUGUAUGGGACGAGCGUGCAAUCCGUGAGAUUUGUGGCAGAAAGGGGCAAGCACUGUAUACUUGACGUAUCCGGAAACGCCAUUAAACGACUACAAGCAGCACAGCUCUACCCCAUUGCUAUCUUCAUUAAGCCAAAAUCGUGGGAGCCUCUGAUGGAAAUGAAUAAACGCCUCACAGAGGAGCAAGCCAAGAAAACGUACGACCGAGCAAUGAAGUUAGAGCAAGAAUUUGGAGAGUAUUUUACAGCUAUCGUCCAAGGAGAAACUUUAGAAGAUAUAUAUAACCAAUGCAAACUCGUAAUUGAAGAACAAUCUGGGCCUUUCAUCUGGAUUCCCUCCAAGGAGAAGCUAUAAAUCCGUCACUUCACAUCUAACCACGAUGGAAGAGUAUUUAGAAGAAAACCUUAAUCCUAUACUACUUGGAAUCUUUUUUUUUUUCCCCUGGGGUGGGAUUUUAUUUUUUAAGAAAAAAAAAUUGGGUUACUUUUCCGUUACUCGCAGUCAAUGUGAAUAUUUUUCUGAAUGUACAACACAAAGUGUUCGAAGCCAUGAAGGACAUCGGUUUGGUCAUAAAGGGUAGAGGAAAACAAAUAACCUUUUAAAAAAAAGACUUUUGCCAUAUAAAAAGAAAAACUCCUACCGUGUGCUCACCGUACCCUUUGUUGGGAUAGACAUUCAACGGGGGAGGCUCAUGGUCCCAGAGAGCUGGCCACCAGCUUGGCCUACAUCCCAAUCUGUAUUCUUGGCUCAGCUCGGCACACUUGUUGAUUGCUUUAAGAAGAAAUCUCCGAGUCUUGGACCUUGAUUUUGAUCCUGCGAUAAACAUCACUGUGGUUCUGUGCCACAACCUGGGAGCUCCAAGCGGACGCCAGUGCAGCUCGUCUGUUAACUUUGGACGAGAACCAGAGCCCCUUGCAGGAUUGCGUCCGAAAGAAAUUGAUCCAUCUUCCACUGAACUCGGCAAAAAAAAACCCUUGAAUGAUUUGUUCAGGAUGUUGGAUCAAAGUCUAGGUUUGCUCAUGGCACAUUCACCUUGAGUUUCAUAUAUCUAUGCACAUCUUUCUUUCAGUUUUUUUUUUCCUGUGACCAAUCUGAAGCAUUUCCCCACCCACCCCUGCACUUCAAGCCCACCAUUUCAUCCAGUUCCUAAUGUCAAAGUGGGUUCAUUCGAUGGGAUUUGGUGGGGAGGGAAGUAUUUCAAGUCGAAACAUGCUCAGAUAUGAGCCCAAGAGCUUGCAGUGCUUAAACUUGACCAAGAGGGAUACAUUUGGGAAAAGCUUUACAUUUAUUUGUUGAUUGUCUAUAUUAUCAUUUAUAUAAAGAUAGAAGGCACUUAAAGAUGGGAUAAUUUAUUAAAGAAUCUAUAUUGAUGUA